UUCGUAUCAGUGGCUAACGCUAACGAGUUUUCUAUUCCUUCCUUUAAUUAUUAUUUUGAUUUCUUUAAUUUCAUUUAGAAUUUAAUGAGAAUAAUUAAUUGUAAAUAUGACGGAAGAAAAUAUUACAGUGAGCGACAACUCAGAUACAGAUGAAGGCGGAACUCAAGAACUCCGUGGUCAUUUGAGUAAAUGGACAAACUAUAUUCACGGUUGGCAGGACAGAUUUAUUGUUUUGAAGGAUUCUACAUUGUCCUAUUACAAAAGCGAGUUGGAGAGUAAUCUUGGAUGCCGAGGUGCCUUAUGCUUGAAAAAAGCUAAAGUUAAGCCACAUGAAUUUGAUGACUGUAGAUUCGAUGUAUCUGUAAAUGAUUGCGUCUGGUAUCUCAGAGCUUCCAAUCCUGAAGAGAAGCAACAAUGGAUAGAUGUUUUGGAAUCAUUCAAAGUGGAAUCGGGAUAUGGCACAAGUUCAGACAGCAGUUCCAAUGGAGGUGGCUUGCGGAGGCAUGGAUCAGUUACAUCUUUGCAGUCUACCGGCUCUCAUGGACGUACCGCUCGCAGACUCACGGAAAAGAUUCAAGAGGUGGAUACAUACACCGAGUUGCUGUCAAAACAAACUGUACAGUUGCAACGGUACUUUGACAAGUGUGUUGCUGCAUACCCUCAAAUUAGUGAUGACACUACUGAACCAAUAGAUGCUGUGAAAUUGGCUGAUGGUAACGAUCUGUCACUGCAUGCAGGUGAGAUUCGAGCUACGAGUGCAUCAUUUCGAGCGACAUGUGGUGCUACAAUCGCUACUUUGAACCAUUGCACAGAGCUACUGCGCAGGCGGGAGAAGCAAGCCAGGCAGGCCGAGGAGUUGUAUAUGGCAUUGAAAAAUCAGCUGACUGAAGCAAGAUUGGCAUCUAAACCGGGACCUGAUCAUGAGGAGGGCCCGCAUUCCACUUUGCCUGACGACGAGUUCUAUGAUGCUGUCGAGACGGGCUUCGACAAGAUGGAAGAGGAGCGGUGCGCCCGUGUGGUGCCACCCAGCGUCCACACUCGAGACCAAGUCGAACUGCCACCACCGGCUAUUGACAAUAGACUCACUGUUCACUCACUAUGGUCUGAGAUCGACAGGAUAUCUACGGAACAGAUACAGGCAGCGUUUGAAGGGGUCGGCGGUGAGAUUGGUUGGCAAUUGUUUGCUGAGGAAGGAGAUAUGAGGAUGUACAGAAGGGAAAUGGAAGUGGAUGGAAUGGUAACGGAUCCUCUGAAGGCGAUGCACAAAGUCCGUGGAGUGUCAGCUCGUGAGAUGUGCCACUAUUUCUUCAACCCACGCUACAGAUUUGAAUGGGAGACAACAUUGGAGACAAUGAACAUUGUGGAGGAGAUAUCGUCAGACGCGAUGGUGUUCCACCAGACAUUCAAGCGCAUCUGGCCGGCGUCGCAGCGGGACGCAUUGUUCUGGUCGCAUGUGCGAGCCUCAGAUGACCACACCUAUGCAGUCACCAACCAUUCCACCACCAACUCGGAGUAUCCGUCUAACACUGGUGCCUGUAUUCGUUUAUUCGUGACGGUGUGCCUGGCGUGCCGCAGUUCAUACCCGCCUGGCGAGCAACCCACGCGAGAUAACAUCACCACCAGCAUCGCAUACUGCAGCACCGUGAAUCCCGGUGGAUGGGCGCCGGCCGGAGUUCUCCGAGCGGUGUACAAACGUGAAUACCCCAAGUUCCUGAAAAGAUUCACCAGCUACGUGGUAGAGCAAUGUCGCGGUAAGCCACUCGCUAUCUAGCGCCUACACACUGUGGCCUAAACUGGCCAUUACAGCCAUUCUGACCAUUGUAGCCAGACCUCGCCAACGUCUCCCAUAAUAUACUAUAUUCUGUUCGCUGUAGUAUGUCGCGUGUGACAGUUGAUAUUUAAAUACUUGUACGUAAAAUGACUAU